ACUAAAAUCGUACGAAAGAACAUUUUUUGUGGAAACCGUCGUACCAUGAUUAAAUAGCACCAAAUUUUAUAAUGCAGUUAUAAUGUUCACUUAAUCGUUAAGACGUGUAUUAAACAUAUACAAAUAGAUAUUGAAAGAUGUUUUUGGUGGGAUUGACAGGUGGAAUAGCUACUGGAAAAAGUAGCGUUGCUGCUAUUUUUCGUGAAUACGGCAUACCUGUCAUUGAUGCCGAUCAAAUAGCACGGAAAGUUGUGGAACCUGGAAAACCAGCAUGGCACAAAAUACAGCAAGAAUUUGGUCCAGAUGUGUUCUUAGAUACAAAGGAACUGGACAGAGUUAAACUUGGCGAUUUAAUAUUCAAUGAUAUAGAAAAAAGAAAAAAGUUAAAUGCUAUAACACAUCCAGACAUAUACAGAGAAAUGUACUGGCAAACGUUCAAACAUUUUCUACAAGGCCACCAAUUUAUAGUCAUGGAUUUGCCUUUACUUUUUGAAACGGGGCACAUGUUGAAUUACUUGCACAAAAUAAUUGUUGUGACUUGCGAAGAAGAGUUGCAAUUACAAAGGCUUAUUGAGAGGACAGGUUUAACAGAAGCCAAAGCAAAGCAAAGAAUUGCUGUGCAAAUGCCCUUAGAGAAAAAAGCAGAAAUGGCGAAUUUUGUCAUUGAAAAUUCUAGCAGCGAACAGCAUACUAGAGAGCAAACUAUUAAAGUGAUUAAUGUUUUAAAGUCUUCCAAAUACCAUUGGAAAUUGCGUUUCUUAGUUGGAUUUUGUUGCACUGUUUUAUUAAUGGGUGUGUACUGGUGGAAAAAUAGAACUGUUUGUGCUCUACCAAUUGCAGCAUAAAAGAAAGAGAAAAAAAAUUUACUCGUAUAUAAUUAUAAAUACAAGUUACAAUAUAUUAUAGGAUCUGCUCAGUAGCAUUUGUCAAAUUUAAGAAUUAGCUAGCAUUAUUUUUUUUCCAUUUUCUUAUAUAUAUUUUUUAGAACGAUUAUUAAAAUUUUCUAUAAUAAUACAGAUACAAACUUUCCAUUGGUUUGAUUAUUUUUUAAAAUAGAAAAUAAUUAUUUCAGUAUAAAGAUUGUAAUAAACUUGCGAUUUACAUAUUUUAAUCAACAUAAUGGCAUUAAUUGAUAAAUGUAGAUGUGUCAUACAUAACUUGUACAGAAACAAAUUUUUAUUAUAUCUAAUGUAUAUGUAUGCAGACCAUUACAAUAAUAUAAAAGGUGUUUUUUAUUCAUAAAUAGUAAAGUUAAGGAUGGUGUACUUCAAAACCAUGUCACGUGUUAUUAAGCUAAUUAGAAUCAUUUAAACAAUUAAUGCAUUUACAGCACCAAAUAUCAAACAUAGUUUUUACAUGUAAAAAUGCUUAAAAUGUAACGGUAGACUGAAUGAAUUGGAGAA